CCUGCCUGACGUAUUCAAAAUGGGUUUUGUUUAUUGCCUUGAUUAAUGCCAUCGUCUGGGGUGUUGUUGGAACUUUCUGGUGGAAAUUUUUGGGCCUCUACUGAUUUAAUUACCCAGUGAGUGUCAUUCUUCCCUGUUGUAAGAGGUCAGAUUUUGGGAACAAUGGAGCUCAAUUUUCUUCACAGAAAAGUUUUUAUAGUUAUAGCUUUGGCUCUUCUCUCUCUCUUUUUUUAAUGUUUUAACUGUUUAUUUACUUUUCGGCAGGUCUAUAUUGCUUAUUUAAAUAUAAUUUUUUUAGAGAUACAUUUCUUUUCAAUCCAUCACUGCUCUUUCAUAUCUUCUUUGGUUCUGUUAUUUGAGGUGCAAACUGUAACAGUUCCCUGUUCUGCUAGAAAACCUGCCGGGUUUGCUGGUUCAGGCAAGCUCCAUGGAUGACUAUGUGAAGAAACUGGUCUAUUGCCAUAUUAGAAUUUAGGGAAAAAGCAGUAACCAUUUAUCUGGAAAAUUAUCAGGUUGGAGAACUUCGUGAAAAAAAGGUGGAUAACCCUGACAAAUGGGAAAAGGAUAAAAAAUUGUAGCGCUAGCCGAAAUUAAGGAGAUGGAAUAAUUUGGAUGAGUUACUAUAGUCUAUAACCCAUUGUCAGCAGGAAAGGAACAAAUCCCCAAGCCACUUUGACAAAUGAGAAAAGGGGCAAGUCUCAUCAAGAGGAAAAAAAAGGCAGCAAAAUCAGUUUAAGAAAUUUAUCCAAAUGGCCCCUUUUUAGCCUGCGCGUUCUUGAGAGACCGAUGCUUGCGUCCUUGCUUAGAAGAUGGAUCAUUGGACACAGAUGCUUCCGUUGUCCGUACAUAAAGAAGAAAGGCUUCGUCUUCAAAGUUCACAUGAUCUUGUCUUUUCUUUUCUUGGGUGUGAAACCUAACUGAUAGGACUUUGUUCUGGUAAUGGCACAUGUCAUUGACAAAAGUAUUUCUGGUGACAACUUACCAAUAGCCAACACAUUGUCGCCCGCCAUAUGCCCCUUGUCAAUGGUUGGGUGGCACAAAGAUUGAAAAAUGCCGUGACAGUUACACUUUUUCUCUAGUUGACAUAUAUCUCUAAAAAAUGAUGCAAAAUCCCUGUCAAAACGAUCGUUUUCUCAAAGAAAAUUGAUCAACAAGAAACAAGCAACGAUGCAAGAAUUAUUCGUUAUUAAGUUGACUCCUCUAUUGUAGGUUGUUAGAUAUUUUCAUUUAUAUAUUUUCAUCAGGACAUUGAACGAGCAAAAGAAAAAUAAACCUUUUGAUUUAAUUAGUUCCACUUUUAUGCUAUCUAUCUACUCUCAGUUUGCACCCUUUGGUAUACCCGAUUGCCAUGUCUUUCCCAAACUUCUAUUUGGUUGUCAUCCUUCUAGUGUUCCGUUACCACUCUUGGAUCUUGAGAUCUCAAGAAUUAACAUGCAACUUGAAUGAUUUGAUAGCCCUAAAUGGAUUUUCUAGCUGUCUGGAGUCAGAUAUUCUUGGAUGGAAUAACUCUACUUCUGAUUGCUGCACUUGGACUGGUGUCACUUGUGACAAUUCUAUUGCGCUGAGCAAAAGAGUGGUCAGUUUAGAACUUGGCAGCAAAAAGCUGUCUGGAACAAUCUGUGAUUCCUUGGCAGGUUUACAUCAACUGAGAAUUCUGAACCUUUCUCAUAAUCUGCUUCGUGGCUCCCUUCCAACCAAGCUGUUUCGCAUGCAGAACCUGGAAGUCCUCGACAUAAGUGACAAUAGUCUUGUUGGUAGAAUCCCAGAAGAAAUUCAUUUAUCCUCUAUACGGUAUGUUAACAUUUCCAAGAAUAGUAUUUUCGGUCCGAUGGAUGAAAAUCUCUGUAAAACCUCACCCCAUAUCCAGUAUCUUGAUUUAUCAGUUAACAACUUCUUCGGGGAAGUUUCUCCAGCUUUGGGAAACUGUGCUUCUUUGCAGUAUCUCAUUCUUAAGGGGAAUAACUUUAGGAGUUUGCCCAAGGGUAUCUUCCGGCUGCCAAAUCUUAGGGUAUUACAUCUUCAAAAUAACAGUUUCUCUGGGCCACUAAGUUAUGGGAUUGGUGAUCUGUCUAACCUUGUUGAAUUGGACAUCUCCUCUAAUUCAUUUACAGGAGUUCUUCCAGAUGUUUUUGGGAACCUUGGAAAGCUUCAGCUGUUCUCUGCCAGUUCAAAUAACUUCAUCGGAUUUUUGCCCAUCUCAAUGCUGAACUCUCCAUCGCUUACAAAGCUUGAUCUCCACAAUAACACUCUGAAUGGUCCAAUUAAUCUCAACUGUUCUGCCAUGACUCAUCUCAAUUCACUUCAUCUUGGUUCUAAUAAUUUCCAUGGUUCAAUCCCGCAUAGUAUGUCCUCUUGCAAGAGCUUAAGCAUGCUGAAUCUUGGCCACAACAACCUUCGGGGUCAGGUCCCUUACAAUUUUAAGAAUCUUCAGGCCCUGUCAGUCCUUGCACUCUCCAGGACCAACCUUGUCAAUCUGUCAUCAACCCUUAAGAUUCUGCAGUACUGCAAAAACUUAACUGUUCUGAUCCUUAGUGAAAACUUUCGGGAGGAACAAAUUCCCAGUGAUGUGAAUUUGCAAUUUGGAAGCCUCAAGGUACUUAGCAUUGCCUAUUGUGAACUAAGGGGUUCGAUUCCACUAUGGUUACUUGGGUGCAACAGGUUACAGUUCUUGGAUCUGUCAAGAAAUCAGCUGAGCGGAGCCAUUCCCUCGUGGUUCAACAUGUUCAAAUAUCUUUUUUACGUGGAUUUGUCCAAUAAUUCUUUCACAGGUGGGAUACCAAAAGGCUUAACUGAAUUACAGGCCCUCAUUGACAUGAACAUCUCAUUGGAAGGGCCUCCCGUGGGCUUCCCUUUAUUCAGAACCGGUAUAGGUGGUGCAACUUUUCUUUACAAGAAUAUUUGGAGCUUUCCACCAACUUUAGACCUGAGUUACAAUAUGCUAAGUGGACCUAUUUUGCCCACUUUUGGGAAUCUGGUAAGGCUUCAUGUUCUAAAUCUCAAUGAGAAUCACCUGUCAGGAUCGAUUCCAGAGAGUCUGUCAGGUAUGAGAAACUUGGAAAUUUUGGAUUUGUCUAAUAACAAAUUAUCUGGAAAGAUACCUAAUUCACUAGUGCAGCUCAGUUUUCUGUCAAAGUUCAGUGUGGCAUAUAAUGAGCUUUAUGGGGAAAUCCCUGUAGGAGGUCAGUUCAUGACUUUUCCAUAUUCAAGCUUUGAAGGGAACGAUGGCCUUUGUGGUGGAAUAUAUAGUCAAUGUCCGCAUGAGCAUACUCCUAUUGAAUCUCCAGGUGAACCAAUGACGGUAGUUGGCUCUCAAUUUGGAUAUGGAGUUGCCACUGGUUUUGUUCUCACUAUUACCAUCUGCUUUGUGUCCGGUUGGAUCCUUCCAAGAGAGGCACCAUUUGAACAGGGCUCAAUCCAAGACACACUGUUAGCAGCUAGAGGUAAAUCUAGUCACCAUGGCUAGCGACCUCUCUGCUCGUUUUGUUGCCCUCUUUUUCGUCUGCUUUAUAUCUUUUCAAGUUUAGACUGCAUAUUAUGGACACUCUUUCUUAAAUUCUUAAAAGAACUCUUAAGAUGGCAUAAUUUGAUCAUUGCUUAUUAGACAAUUGACAGUUACAUAAGGUCUUUUCCGAGAAAAAAAGUUAGGGGGUAUGAAAUCUGAAAUUCAACCAACUCGGUAAAAGUUCACU